GAGUAGCAACCUCUUGGGGCCACAGCUAGUCACGUGACCCUUCUGUUUACCAAAAUGGUGUACAUUUAUGUUUUAUAAGUAAUUUUCAAUUUUUUCUAAUAGCUAUUAAUUUAUCUGUGACAUGUAUAAUAAAACAGAAACAGAAUUACAAUGAGAUUAUCGUUAGCGUUAAUAUUUCAUAACGAGCAACUGUAGCUCCUAUUAUAUUCGUGCUGCAUUUAGUUGUCACAAAUGAUUGUAGCGAAAGUUUGAAAGUAGUUGUACGAAAGUGUCUACAAUAUACAUAUAAGCUCUCGAUUUUUUUGAUCUAUUAGAAUUAUUGCAAUUCAUUACGAAUUGUUUGAGUGUAUUUACUCACGAUGCGAUAAUUGCCUUAUUAAUUACGCAAUUUUUUAAACUCUGACCUAUUGGAUUACUAUUUUUUUGCGUUCCCAUUCCAGAUGACUGAACUUCAUAUCUUUAUGGGGUGACCGAAGUUGUACAAGGCCUAUUUUCAUUACUGACAAUGUUGAAUACAAAGCAUUGCAGUAAUUACAGAUGAUCUCUGAUAUAGGUUAGUGCAAGCAGAAAGCACUUUCAAAUAGGACAUCUAAAUGUCAGAAGGUGUCCUAGCAUAACGUUUCAUGCUUUGGCCAGGCAUUUUUAAAGAUGGCCACGUAUCAAGUUGACUAUCAGUGGGCUUAUACCAUAAUGGAUUCAUCUAGAAUAUCCACAUUCCUAAUAUCAAUUUUAUUGAUAGUCUAUGGUAGUUUCCGAUCUUUAAACAUGGAACAAGAAGCUAGAGAAAGAGAAAAAGAAAAGGAACGUGGUAAUUUAUUGACUGGAAUUUUGAGUAACAGUAGCACAGCAAACGCAGAUGGUGCUAAUGGAAGAGUUCAAACCUUAAAUACAAUGCAUGCUCUCUGUCUACCUCUUGGUGCUUCCAUUUCUCUACUCGUCAUGUUUUUCUUUUUUGACAGCAUGCAAAUGCUUGUAGCAAUCUGUACAGCUAAUAUUUUUCUUACAGUUGUAGCUGCAGUUGCACUGGCAUUUCUUCUUUUACCCAUGUGUCAAUAUAUUAUUAGACCAUGUUCAGAUGGUAACAAAAUAUCCUUUGGUGUAUGUGGAAGGUUUACUGGUGCAGAAUUACUUUCAUUUUCAUUAAGUGUGAGUAUAGUAUGCAUUUGGGUACUGACUGGACAUUGGCUUCUUAUGGACGCAAUGGGUAUGGGACUAUGUGUAGCAUUCAUUGCAUUCAUUCGAUUACCUAGUCUAAAGGUAUCCACCAUAUUAUUAACUGGAUUACUCAUUUAUGAUGUCUUCUGGGUUUUCUUUUCAUCCUAUAUAUUCAGCACAAAUGUAAUGGUUAAGGUAGCAACUAGACCAGCAGAUAAUCCAGUAAAUCUUGUGGCUAGAAGGUUGCACUUAGGUGGUGUAGCGAGAGAAGCACCAAAACUUCCAUUACCUGGAAAAUUAGUAUUUCCAUCGAUGCAUCAAGCAGGACAUUUUUCAAUGUUAGGUCUUGGCGAUGUUGUUAUGCCAGGACUAUUGCUUUGCUUCGUUUUACGAUAUGACGCGUACAAAAAGACUCAAUUGUUGCCCGGUGGUUGUGAAACAGGAGUUCCACCGCCGCGUCACAUCAAUCGCAUUAGUUAUUUCCAUUGUUCACUCAUUGGUUAUUUUCUUGGUUUACUUACUGCUACUGUAAGCUCUGAGGUGUUCAAAGCUGCGCAACCUGCCUUAUUGUACCUUGUGCCCUUUACUUUAUUGCCAUUACUUACAAUGGCAUAUUUGAAGGGAGAUUUACGUCGAAUGUGGAGCGAACCAUUCAUAUCUCAACAACCUUCCAAACAUAUGGAAGUUUGACAACAGUCAUGGGUUUGUGUAUAUUACACAUUAUGGAAGGAAAACUAAUUGUAAAAUCCUAUUGUCACUUAUCAUAACAUCCUUAUUUUUAUCAAUGUCAUUUAAUGUAAGUAAUUUUUUUUAUACUUGCGUCUUUUAAUGCUACAAUGCAAAUUACACAAUUUCAUACACGAGAAAAAUAAAGUAUACUAUAUUUUGACAUUGAUUUAAUAUAAAAUUAAAAAUAUAAUACAAACAGAAAAGUCUUUUUAUUAAAUUGAAAGAUAAAACUGUUUUUGAAAAAGUUUUAUAUUUAAAAUACUGAUUAUAAUAACGUUCAUUUUAUAUCUUAAAUUCAAUAUUAAAUAAAUAAAUGAACGUAUAAAUGAUAUCAAUUACUAUUUCUGUAAAUGAAUAAAAACGCGUUCUGAAAUUCAUUUGAUAAAAUGGAUAUAUAUUUUUUUUAAUUUUACAGUGAAUUUACUAUAUAAAUUUUUAAUGAUUCAAAAUACACAAUUUUUUUAUUCCUUUUUUUUUACAUUAAAAAUAAAAUAUUAUACAUAUUAAUAAUUUCAUUAUAACACCGUUACAAAUGUAUGUGAUAUUCUGUGCAAAAAGAUUCUUUUUAAUUUAUAUUGUUUACCAGAUUAUUAUAUGUAACGUGUAGUUAUGGGUAGAUAUGGAUAAUUUAAUAAUUAUUCGACGAUUUCGAUGAAAAUCUAGUAAACGUAUGCGUGUAGGUUGUGAUUUUCUUUUACUUGGAGCUAGCAUUGAACAAAGCAUUCUUUAUGCAAACAUGUAUAUAAAUUUUGGUUUUUAUAAACUUAAGGAAAAGUUUACAGUUCGUUAUUAGAAUAAAUAGCAAGCAAUUUCUAUUUGCCAAAUGUCUUGCUAACUUUAUAUAGCACGUUGGAAAAUUUUGAUGAAAUGAAAAAUGAAUGUUGUAAAAUUUUAUUGUCAAAAAGAAAAAAGAAAUUGUGUAUUCAUAUUUUGAUUUUCAAGGACUAUGUCUUCGAUAAGAAAGAAGGAUUUAUGAUUGAAAAAUAGAGGUUUUAACUAAGCUCUUGCUAUGGAUAGGCACCAGAAAGACUUUAUAUGUUUAUUUAAAAACAAGACUGAAAGUAAUAUUGUAUGAAAGCCAAUAUAUUUAGAAGUCUGUCUCUCUUUCAAAAUAAAAUCAAUACUUUUGUUUAAUUUUCUUUGUAUCAAUUUAUAAUAUCAUAGAUUGAUAUGAUACAAUAUAUUAUUAUAUGUAAUACAAUAUUACACAAUAUGUCUCAAAUAGAAUAAUUGCUUUCAUAAUAUUCAUAUUACUUAUUGUAGAUUAUGAAAAAUUUAGACUUUAAAAUGUGUUAGUUGUUUACUGUUUGUUUUUAUAAUACUUUAUUCAUUACAUUCUAAAGAUUAUAAACGAAUUAUAUGUAUGUAUAUUUGAAUUUUGAUCUGUAAAUAUAUUUUAUGGAUAAGAAUAUUUUAAGAAAAGCGGUACGUUUUUUAAUGUAAUCUGUUUUGCAUCUAGAAUAAUAUAACAUGGUAUUAAAUGAGAUAAAUCACCGAAUACAGAUAAUAUUGAUUUAAAUUAAUCAUGACUUGUACACUUGUAUAUUGACAUAGAAAUUAAACUCUAAACUUUACGUGGACGAAAAAAAAAACAUAUUGCAAUCUUAUUAAUUAGAAAAAUUUCGGUACUUCAUUUUUCUCUUUUCGUUCUUAUUUUUAUAAUAUUAAUAGAUUGAUGUUAGUGUUAUACAAAAACUAAUAAUUCUAAAUUUUCUAAAAAUGAAUAAAAUAUUAUUUAUAUACGCGAUGUUUUUUUGCUUAUAUUAAUGUGAAUCAGAGAAUUUAAGCAAUUUUUACGAUGUAUCAUAUACAAGCUGUUUAAUAUCUUACUCAUAAAAAUACUCUUUUUGAUACAAUUAGUUUUUGUAUAAAACUGUAAUUCUUCCUAUAUUUUAUUCACCUGUCCAUAGCACAAGCAGUUAUUCUUAUUCAUUAUAUGUCUUGAAAUAAUCUUUGGACACAUCAUUUCAAAUCAUAUAGAAGAAAUAUCUAUUUCUCUUAUAAGAUAUAAGAAUAUAAGUGACAAAAUAUAUUUUAACUACUUCCGUUAUAAACGUAAACAUAAAAAAAAAAAAAAAAGAAAAAAAAAAGAAAAAAUAGACUUGACAUCAUUGUUCGAGAAGAUAAAUCUAAUAAAUUAUAAUUUUGCGUUUUAUUAAAGUUCAGAAAGCUUAAAACUCAUUUUAUGAUUCAUUUUUCUCUAUACUUAAACUUUUAUUCUUCCUUUUAAAUUAUGCAGCAUUAAUAUUUCAUAAUUUUUUAUAUACAUUUUUUUUUUAAUGUAUAAUAUUGGAUAUAUGUAUAUAUACAUAUACAUAUUAACUCUAUACAUUAAUUUUAUAUUAUUAAUUUCAAUUCGAUUUAUUACAAUUAUUGCCACUAAUUACAACUAUACAAUUGAUUUUUGUAAGUUAAAAUUUAAUUAAAUAUUUUAGUUAAAACAAAAAACAAAAAAUAUUUCAUCAGAGAUAUUAUGCAAUAAUAAAAUGUGUUUCAAUGCUUUCAUUAUUAGAGUGAAAUCCCUGAAUUAUUUUUUGUAUAGGAAAAUGAUUAUAUUAUGUUCUUACUUUAAUUACAUUUUUAUGUUUAAUUCAAAUUGUUUGUUUUUGUACAAACAAAAUUUAAUGCAUAAUAAUGUAGAAAAUAUCGGAUAUAAGAUUAAACUAACAACUUAGUUUAUGGUGAAAGUGAAAGAUGCAUAAAAUUACAUUUCUUCUUUUUUAUAAAUUCAUGUAAAAAAUCACGAGAAUUUUAAUCAAUGAGAAUCUUCAAGUCUGAUAAGUAACUUAUUGUGACUAGGAUAUAAUAAGUUUCAGAAUGAGAAGCAUGUACAUAAAUAACACACUCGAUUGUCCUUCAGUUUUUCCACAAACUAAGUGACAAAAUGAUAUAUAAUAUAUAUAUAAAUAAAUAUAUAUAUAUAUAUAUAUAUAUAUUGAUAUGAUGUAUGAAAUAAAAAGGUAAAUGAGAGAUACAUUUAAAGAAGAAGUUGGGAAUUAAGUCAUAAAUAGAAUAUAAUUAAAUGCUAAAUAAUAUAGCUGAUAUACUUAUAAGAGCACUUUGCUUGUACUGUUGCAAUUCUCGACUUGCAUGUGUACAGCUAUGUACAUUUUUAUAUAUAAUAAAAAUACGAUCGCUUUCGCGUGAUCGUAUUGAAUAAGUAAAGUUAUUGAAUAAA